AUGUCCUCGAUUCACACUCAUCUCAAGGAUGCUGCCGAUGCCUUUCCAGAUGAGAUGGAUUCAUCCAGAGAGCGGCUCCGGGGAGGGUUUCCCGCCCAGAACCCAGUUCCAGUCCCAGUUGGUGUCCCUACUCGGCCCCAUGCGGGCGACGUCAAUCACCAUUGGAUCUGGUUCGCUGUCGCUCAUCACCCAAACAAAUACGCUCAACACCUACGCACUAUCAUCAUGGACAUUCUCAAGUCAAACUGGUGGAACACUCGUACGCCGCGUCCAGAUGGACAAAAGGAGGACCCGUUCGAUCAACUCGUAGACGACAACAACAGAUGUGUCAUCUGUCUCUCGAACGGUGGCAAAGCUUGCUACGGUACAUUUUCGCAGGUAUACCAUUCUAAUCAAGCUUCCAACUCGGCAUUCCAGGGGGACUGUACGAGUCACAUCACUCGCCAUCUUCUCGAUCCCGACUACCACCUCAUCCUCAUCCAAGUACUCCUCCUCAUGAGGGCCUCGCGAACCCCUACACUCCCAAGCCAGUAUUGCAAUCCUCCCGUGCUCGCAUCUUCAGACUCUAUGCUAUAA